CCUCGUCUGUAGCUCGACAGUCAGUUAGUGGUGCUGCUGCUGAGCCUCAGCAGAGCGUAUAUGUGUGUGUGUGUGUGUGUGUGUGUGUGGAUGGUGGACUGUUCCCGGUGAAAAACCAACGGCCCCCGCAGCGCAGCGCAUUUUAAAAAUGCCUAACCGUCGCCGCCGCGUGUAAACCAACGGCCGGUAACUCCGCGUGGCCCAGAGGGGACAGCGGUAGAGGUAGAGAGGUCCAGCAGAGUCUCCGGGCAGAUUUUAACGGGAAAAAUAACGGGCAGGAUGUUGCAAGUUCUAGCUUGUGGCGCCGUAGUUUUCCCCGGUCUCUUCUUCGCCUUCAGGAGGAUCCUACCGUGUGUGUUCAGACACUGGAGCGAUGCCGACGUGGUGCUGGUCAGCGAGAGAGUGGUGUCCUCCAUCCAUGCUGUCAUGGCAACCACAGCAGGAGUCAUCGUUGUGGCAUCAUGCCGGGACAGUGUCAUUAACGACAGGCACUGGCUGGCCACCUACUUUGUCAUCUGGUACGGCGUACCCUACAUGACAUACGACAUCUUCGCCAUGUACCUCAGUCACUACCACCGCUUCCGCGUCAAAGGGCACGAGGACUACAAACGGCAUUCGCUGAGGACCGUGAACUCCUUCGUCCGCAGAGAGUUCCUGCUGGUGUUGCAUCACAUCGCGCUGCUCACCAUCCUGCUGCCUGUCACACUGUUCUUCAGACGGGACCAGGGGGAUUUCUUCGUCGGCUGCUUGUUUCUAACAGAGCUCAGCACACCCUUCGUCUCCCUGGGGAAGAUACUUAUUCAGCUCAGCCUCCAGGACUGCUGGCUGCACAAGGCCAAUGGCGGCAUGGUGCUGCUCACCUUCUUCAUGUGCCGCAUCGCCCUCUUCCCUUACAUGUACUGGGUGUACGGCCGCCACUACGGCGUCCCGCUCUACAGCGUGCCCUUCCAUCUGCCACUGUCCACCAACCUGGGCAACAUUUGCAUCCUGGCGCCGCAGGUCUACUGGUUCGUCCUUCUCUGCCGAAAGGGCUACCGUCUUUACCGACGCAGCCGUAUGCCAGACCCGGUUCCUGCGGCCGCUGUCACUGACAAUUCUAAGGAUGAUUGAUAUCCGGUUCACGAUUGCUCGCUCAAGCCGCACACUCAGCUACUAACGCAACUACUUCUGCAAAGGCACUAGUUUGACUUUAACACAUUUCAAACCCCACCAUUGUACUGUAGUACACCAGGACUGCCUGCUCUUGUCCCACAACUCCUGGGCAUUUUCCGCACACUUUAAAUCCUCCGUUACAAAAUCUGCUGCCUAGGUGGACCUACUCCACCGAUCCAGCUCUACUACUGAUGAUUUUUUUUUUUUCUUUUUGGGGAUUUUGGCUCUUGCCUGGAUCUUAUUGAAGUGCUACACUGCGUCUGUCAACAUUUACAACACUGAAGAAAGGUUCAUGUUUGCUUCACUUUGAGAGUAAAACGUGGAGUAAAAAGCACCAGAAACUGAAGAAGAGCUUCCACGGAGAGACAUUAUCUUAUCUCUUUACUCCUACUGUGUUUACAGCCUCUGCUGACUUGGAAGGUCUGUUACAGUGUUUGUGGCUGUUACGACAGGUUGUAUUUAUUUUCAUGAUUUUUGCUGCUGUCGGGAUAGUUGCGUUUCCUCUCCCAUCCAUUCACUAAUCACACCGACGAGAAGGUUUAGGAAUAGUCGUGUGUGGCAAAUUCAGGCAGUAUUAGCAGGAAUAGUUGUGAGGAAUACAUGUCACCUCAUUCACAUUUUAGAGGUACAUUUUGUUAACACCCCCGUUAAUGUGACUUUUCACCCCUGUUCUUUUUUGUUUGUAGUGUCCCAUACAGCUUUUUAUCUUGGCAUCAGUUGCAAAUCUGCAGCAACAAUCCCAUUUCCCUCGCUGUAACACUUUUUACGGCCCUGGCUCGUUUGUUUUCCAGAAGCCAUCCCCUUCGACAGGGUAUGCUUUUAAUUUACUGCUGCACUCAUGCUCUAGAAAGCUUUCAGGAAUUCAGUUUGGCAAUAUCCUCCAAUGUGGGAGUUGGAGAAUGGUGGCACCAACAAGAGAUUACCUCAGUUGUGGAAACCAUUCUUCAUUUUCUCAGUUUUUUUCGUGAUAUGCAUGGCGUAAAACCAUUUUAUUUUAGCUUGAUACAAAGACCUCACCUUUUGAAAAAAUUACAACCAGACUGCUCUCAAUGUCUAAAUAUAAUAAUGUAAAGCCAUGAUGGGGAUAAGAUUACAAAAUAGGAUUUUAACUUCUAGGUGUAUAUCAUUUGCAUGUUUGAGGGUUUAUCACAGAGCAGUGUUAGGUUUCUUGCUACUGAGAGAUUCAUCUUUUGAAUCCACGAUCUCCCGUUUAGACGACACUGGAACGUUUGCAGCCGCCAUAGAAAAACGCUGAUGUAGGGCAGCUUGGGCCGACGCAGUCUUUGAGGUUCACUUAAGGUCAAAUGUUAAGGAUAUUUUCUCCUGUAAGAAGGAGGGUGAUGGGGAGACGUGGUGAUGCCUAAUGUGCGACGAACUCAGGGCCAAGGUCAGAGCAAUAAGGUGAGCAGAGGCUCGCCAGGGCAAACUUAUACAGAUGUAUAAGUUUCUGAGCAAUCAGCCACAAAAUUGAAAGAUAUCAGGAUUGAUUGUUCCUGAUUUCUAACAUCCAGUAACUGUUUAGGCUCCACAGAUUUAUAUGCACUUGUGUACUUCACACAAGGUUGUAUAUACUAAAUGUUUUUAAAGAUAUACAUUUUAGUUUCAUCACAAAAAUAGUUUUAAACCUAUAUCUCGUAAUUAGACCUGAGAGGACCAUUUUUUGUUUUUAUCAUGCAAAGCAAUUUUUCGUUGUUGUUGCUGGAUUCACGGUUGCAUAAAGACAUUAAUCUUAAAGGCAUUUAUGAGAGAAAAAAUCACAUGUUUCACAUGCAUAUCAAAGAAUAAAUAGAAGAUAUUAUUUUCAUAAGAAUGCAGCAGGGUUAGUUUCAUACACAGUUUAAACCCUGAGGUUAAUUUAACUCUUAAUAUUCUUGGUCAUUCAAGCUUUAUAGUGAACUAACUGAUUUUAAGUGUGCGUUUAUGGCCUUUUUUUAAUGUUCAAUCUAUGCAAAAAGAGGCUGCGGUGCAUGUAUACAACACUAAUGUCAUAUCGAAAUUGAUCCACGCCUCUGUUUGUUAUUUCUUUGGGACCAUACAUUUCUUUCUGCUGUACAUUUCUUCUGGGACUCCACACUACAACUCAUGGUCUUGUGUUGCAUUUCAGUUUUUUUUUGCUUGUCUCUUAAAUUUACCUCAGUAGUGUUUUGAUUAAUUUAAAUUCAUGUAACGCUGAAAAGAAACAGUUUUUGUAGCAUACACCGACAAGUUUACAACUGCAGCUCAGUUUUCCUGUUUGGAUACUGACUUGUUAGGGCUGUCACUUUUACAAAAAAAAUCAAGUUUCAACGAAUACGAAAAUAGUUCGAAUUAGAACCGACAUGGCUAGCAAGCUUUACAAGUUUUGAUAACGUGGCUGUAAGGCAGCAAAAGCCUUACCUUUUAUCCACAUUUUUUGUAAUCUUUGGUUUCGAAAUCCAAAAUUGUUUCCACGCAUGACUUCCUCGAUUGGUUUUGUGUCAUGAUCGCCAGUUUCAUCCACUUCAUGUUAAAGCGAGCCUUUGUAACUCUUGCUGAACAGCGGCUGCUGUGAAGUUUUGGAUCAUUGUGAAUGCUAAAACGUAGUCCGACAUGAUUACAAGUAGGGAAAAGAUAUAAAAUGAACUCAGAAAUGUCAGUUAUACGACAAUAUCUAACUAACGUUUUGUAACAUUAAGCUAUUAGCAGCUACUGGUCAUACCAGACUCCUUUACACAUCGGGGCUGUGACGAAUAAACAAAAAUGAGAAAUACUCACCCGCAAAUAUCAUAUGCCUAACGCUUUUAUUGUGAAAGGUAAGAACGGAAGGAGUGGAUGUGGUCUGCGCUGCCUUUGUCAAGGUUGAAAGGAAUAAAGUUUGCCGUCUUGGUUCGGACUAUGGAGCCUCUGUGGUGAUGAUUUAUAAAUAUAGGCGCAUCUCUACCCAUUCUGCACAACGUGAUUGGUUGAUACCUUUAUUCGCAGUGUGAAAACUCAGAAAAAUCAACCUUGUUCCUAAAAAAUGACGCUUUUUUACUGCUCAAUAUUUGCGUUCUGUGUGAAAGUAUACAUGACAAAAACAACAGUUUGAAAAAAUAUAUUGACAUGCAAACAAAAAAAAACAAAAUGCCCCUGCUGUGUAAAGGCCUUAUAGCUGUAGAAGCAAAGUGCGAUAUGAAUUCAACUUUUCUUUGUUCUUCUUUCAUAAGUUACAUAGUGUUGCUUUAACGAAGAGACAGUUUAUUUUAGAAAGAGUCCCUUGUUGGUGUGCAUGGCAUGGCCUGUUGAGCUUACUGUGAAUUUUUGAUUCUGGCAAAUCAUUACAGAUAAAAUGUUUUUCCCCAUGUUCAAAUUUCUAAUAAAAAAAAAAAGUGGCAGCCCCGUGACUUGAGGGCUCUUUCAAUUUUCAAAUUAAAAGAAGUUUUGUCUUUCAAACAUCUAGACUGUGUAUAAAGAUGGACGAAAUGACAGCUCCCCGAAAGUGAAGCCAAAACAUCUUGAUCGCCCCCUGGUGGCUGGCUGCAGUAUAGGUCGUAAAGCCCGCCUCCUCCAUGUUAGCAGAUGGGCCAAAAUACAAAGUCAGAGUACACGUCAAAUACCGUGGCCGUGCUCGGCUCGUGAUUGGCUCAGGCGGCACCUCAAUACUGCGGCUCCAGCCUCCCGAUCACUGCUGCGCAGACUCUGGCUCCAAAUUACGUCAGAAUCUCAAGAUGGCAGCAAUCGUAUCCAGGAUAUUUUGGCUUCACUCUGGUACAGCGGGAGGAAAUGGAGACGCAUCGUCCAUCUUUAUAUACAGUAGAGUUCUACAGGAAUGAGUCCUAAAACCUGGAAAUGAAUUAGCAUUUUCCGGUUCCCUCGUCUGGAAGUAAAUGGGUAUAAAUCAAUACAUCGACGUAGUAGAUGAUUUGUUGCACCCCUGUGGGUUCAGCAGUGUUGCUGUGCCCUGUGUGGAGCAUCUCAUUGUCCUGCACUGCGCUACGGUUAAACCCACUUGUAUCCCACGUCGUCUGGUGGGGAAACAGCAGUGUUUGGGAAAAGGUGAUGAGUCUUCUUGUUGGUAGACGGACAGCCGGUUUGCUGACGAGCAGCAUGAGGACGAGGGAGUAAGGGGAGCCGAGCUGCUGAAUGAUGGGCUUGUUUGUCUCGUUUGGCUGGAGCCCAGCAGAGUGCAGGCCUCCUUUUGUCCGUUGCUGACCAGGCCACUCUUAACUGGAAACAUCCCAGGUUCAGUGUGCUGCUUUCAGCCCCAACUCUCCCACUGUACUGGCUGGGCACACACUGUACGAUUUCAUAGAUGUUGUUGUGUACUUCCUACUCCUACUGUACGAGUAGAUCGUUUGCGAUGUAAAGCCAAAGCUCACGACUUAUGUGUUCACACUGUACGGUCCGAUCGUCAGCCACGUCAGCUCACACUGUACGUGUAAAAUAGAGAAAAAAAACACGGCCGAUCGGCUCCUUUGGCCCAUUCAGGCUGUUGACAGUUGUCAAUAAAGAUUGGUUUGAAAGCUCCGAGGAAGGUUGCGUUUUUUUGCUAGUGGUGCGGCUCAAAAUUUGGGCCAGAAACGGGCUAAAAUUGUACAGUGUAUGCCCAGCUUUACACCCACUUGUCUCCAGACAUGUAGCGGUGUAACUGAAAUGGUGGUUACCUCUGACCUCCAAGGCAAAACAGAGCCACAAAAAAAAGACAUUCAUAAUUUGUUCAUCAAUUUUAUUCCUUACACUUCAGUUUAUAAUUUAUCUGACAGCUUUUCAGAACAUUUACUGUAUUCAAAACCAAUGGUGGUCACUCAAGUCGACCACUUGUAUUGUUGUAUUUAAGAUUUAAAAACUGCAGGUCAUUCCUUUUUAAAUUGUGUGUCACCUACUUCCUGCUGCUCUCCUUCCAUCCCUCAGUCUGUUGGCUGAUGUGAUGUAUCUGCAGUGAUAGAAAGCUGCUGAGAGCUGAGCAAACCCUCAUCCUCCCUCCUCUCUGCUGCCAUCUGUCGUCAGGAUUAUCUGCUUGUCCACUCAGCAGUUAGGAUUAGUUGGCCUAUGCGGGCAUUUCCCUAUUGAAACAAUUAACCAUUUAUUGUUAAGUGUUACUGGAUUAUUUAAAUAUGACAAUUUUCAACAAUUA